ACACAAAUAACAAACAUAUCUCUAGGCGAAAAUUUUUCUACAAAAAUUUCGUUAUUUUUACUUUGAAAGAUGUUUCUUUAUGCGAAAUAAGUGGAAUGGAGAAUUCUACAAUCAAGGACGGGGAAUAUACGUCGACAAUUUAUUCUCUGGUCAGUUUUUGCUAAUUUUUAUGAAGCAAAUGUGAAAAUGUAGUUUUAUAUAUCAGUUUUAGUCUGUUUGUACAUUAUGUAUUUUGACAGUUUGUAUUACCUUGUUUUUGUAAAUAAAGUACAUUUUCAAGCACACUUUAGAGAUCACUUUUAAUACUGACUAUUUAUGAUGUAUGUAUACAUUUCUGCUAAAUAUUAGCAACCCCCCAUUAUAAAAUGGAAAAGAUAACAACCUCCCCCCCCCCUGUAAAUGAUCUUGGAUCACCACAUCCAUGAGGUCUACGGUGGGGUAACUUCCUUAUACUUAAAACUUUGGUCUAUCUUCACGACAAGGUUUUGAAAAAACUACAGUAAAUGUCCAACAGGAAUAUGUAAUACAAAUUAAAGUUAGAUUUUUAUAAACAAGACUCAAACCCUAACCUAACCCUAGAAAUUUAAAUUUAGUAGGAAAAAAAUUUGAAAAAAAUAUGAAAAAGAACGAAAAUGUACUUGCCGGGAUUCGAACCAUAAUGUAGGAACUUUCAAGCAGAUGCCGUUACCACUACGUCACUGCAUGGUUAAUUCACUGGAAGCAUUCGCAUGGUAUAUUAUUGUUAACCCAUUGAGUGCCAGCACUCUCCCCGUGAAGGGCAAAAUCAUCUGGCAUGAGAUAGAAUAAAAUGAUUUAGUAGGAUGCAUUUGGUGCAGUGUAACUUAAUGGGUUAAUUAUUAACUUUUAAAUCCUGUUUGUAGAUAAAAAGUCAGAAAUUUGACGAGGCAAUUAACCAUCUGACUCUAGAGCUCGAAAAUCAUCCCAAGGUGGGUAUCAUGCACUGAGCAUGUGUGUUAUUGAAGUGUGAAUAAAUAUGAGACUCAUUCAUUCAUCUUGUGUUUCAGUCUCGAGCUGCCUUGUCCUUGCUGGGAUACUGCUAUUUUCAACUGCAGAAUUUUGAAAAUGCUGCCGAAUGGUGAGUAUAUAAUAUCUUGGCUGGAUAAGCCACAGAAUGGCAAUACCAUAAUAUAUAUAUUUUAUUUUUACCAUUAGUUAUGAGCAGCUUAUACAGAUAAACCCUGAAGUGGAUGAAUACAAACUUGCAUAUGCCCAGGUAACUUUUUAUAAUCUGUCAGUCAGUGGGUAGGAUGGUCAAUCAGUUGGUCACUGGUCAGUGAGCGAGUUAGUUGGUCUAUCAGUUAUUCAGAGUAGGGGUGCACCGGAUUUCAAAUCUGGCCGGAAUUUUCUGGCAUCCGGCCGGAUUUGGAGAAAAUCCAGCCGGAUUUAAAUUUCUGUUUUCACCUUUAAAAAUUCACCAAGAAUGGGAGAAACCAUCAAUUUGGCAGCUUUAAAGUUUAAAAAACACUUAGUAUAUAUAUUAUUAUAAAAUAUUAAGUUAUUAAUUAAAUUAACAAAAAGAUGUUUAAAAAAGGUUUAAACACAAUAAAAAAUCUAAACUGACACUAACUAAAAAUAGUAAAAAACAUAAACCGUCAUUUUGAAUACUGAUUUAUCCCCAAUAGUCCCCAUUACCGGUUUAUCUCAAAUCCUGCAAAUCCGGCCGGAAUUUUUGUCCAAAUCCGGUAAAUCCGGUUCCGGCCGGAUUUGAAAAUUCCAAAUCCGGUGCACCCCUAAUUCAGAUGGAUGGUCAGCCAGGCAGCAGUCUACAAUGUCUUGUUAAAAUUAAGUCAGCAAGUCAGUCAGCCAGUCGGUUAGUGAUUGAGUUAGGUAGUCAGUCCAUUGGUUGUUUGAUACGUCAGUUUGUCGGUCAGCAACUAAAUCAAUUGGUAUUUCUUUUCAAGUCUUUAUACAAAGCUUUCAAAUACCCUGAAGCAACCAAGGCAACUUUUCAAAUUGAAAAUCCUGCAUAUCAGUCACAGGUAAGAUUGCAUCACCAAUCCACUCAGUAAUAUCAGAUUAUGAUAUUUUUAUAUUGUGUACAAGAAACUAAUUUUAUUUGUUCUCCAGGUGUUGAAGCUGCAAGCUGCCAUCAAGUAUGGGGAGGAAGAUUUACAAGGGGCUAAGGUGCUUUGCACUUUCUGUGUAAUUUCUUGCAAAUAUAUUCUGGGCAUUUGAAGUCAGAAUUAUGAGCAAUCAGCAUGAAUUUGUAAUACUUGCUCAAUCAUAUUUUCUGUAUCAUUUUAGAGCAUGGUGGAACAAUGUGCUGGAGAUGACCCUGAUGUUGAAAUUAAUCUUGGCUGUCUCUUAUAUAAGGUUGAAAUAUUAGGGCCAUUUUUAGUGGCAAAAAUAAUUUGCACGCACACUUGUUUGUACAAAAUGGUGAUGUUCUAAUUUAAUUUGCUUACUAAUUUAGGAAAAGCGUUAUUCCGAAGCAUGCCAAAAGUUUUCUUCUGCUAUGAAUAUUCUUGGCUAUCAACCAGGUUUGUUUUAUACAGAUGAAUGAUGUGUGUUGAGGAAUGACUCGUUUUGGAGUGUUAGCAUCAUUCAGUUGACUACUAAGUUUAUCUUUCUUCAUUCCUAAUCCUAGAUCUAUCCUACAACAUUGCAUUGUGUCACUACAGUCUGAAGCAGUAUGCCCCAGCUUUGAAGCAUAUUGCUGAUAUCAUCGAGAAAGGCAUCCGUGAACACCCAGGUAGGUACAAACAGGGCGUCUGGUACAAAUUGCAAAGCAUGCAGACGUGCACAUAUACAGCUGAAUGUAAUAAUUAAAGCAUCUGUUGUUAACCCUUUAAGUGGCAAUGCGUCCAGAUGCCCUACUUUAUUAUUUUAUUCUAUCUAAUGCCAGAUGAUUUUAUUUGUCAGGGGGAGAGUGCUGCUACUCAAUGGGUUAAUCAGAUUAUCUGCCUGUGCAUCAUGUUAUACCCUUUAAGUGGCAAUGCAUCCAGAUGUGCCCUACUUUAUUAUUUUACUCUCGUCUAAUGCCAGACAAUUUUACUUGUCAAGGGGAGAGUGCUGCCACUCAAUGGGUUAAAUCUUAUUUCUUCCUGUUGUUUUCUUUGUGCAAUCCAGAUUUUCAAAUACACAUCUUAUCUUAAAACAUUGUCUAAAACAUAGAGCUCAUCAUUGUAUUGCCAUGUUCUUUGUUAGAGCUAAGUGUUGGAAUGACGACAGAGGGAAUAGAAGUCCGAAGCGUUGGUAAUACCAAGGUUCUUCAUGAGACAGCAUUGGUGGAAGCAUUUAACCUCAAAGCUGCCAUUGAAUAUCAACUUAAAAACUGUAAGAAAACGUCUGUUAAAUCUUAUUUGACAUGUUGAUUUCUUUGUGCAAUCUUGAUUUUCUCAGGCAGUAUAAGACAUGAUCUUUUCUGUUUCAUCAGACGAAGCUGCUCAAGAAGCCCUUACAGAUAUGCCGCCAAGAUCAGAAACUGUAAGUUCAUUGCAGCUGUUGUUUAAACUGUAGCUUUAACGAUAGUUAACAUCGAAACGUCCAGCCCUUUGACAAUCAUAUAGUGUUGCUCAGAGUAAAGUCAGAUCUGUAAAAUAGUCUGGCAUUAGACAGAAUAAUCUUGUUUGUACAGGAACUUGAUGCCGUCACAUUGCACAAUCAAGCUUUGAUGAACAUGGAGGCCAAUCCAACUGCAGUAAGAAUUUAUUCAUAGUUGCAAAAAUAUUGACAAAAUUGUUAUUUAUGUUGCGUAUGAAAGAGAGUGUUACGACAUUCUAUGAUUAAUUUGUUGCAGGGUUUUGAGAAACUCCAGUUCUUAUUACAACAGAAUCCAUUCCCACCAGGUACGUGCGAUCAUACUAUACGCUUUAUAGCCCGUGUGCAGGCCCAAGGAAACUGAUACGCGGGCUACCAUUUACACAUUGUUUAUGUUCUGAAUAAGCAGAGAAAACCCCGCAACAUUUUAAUGCGAGUUUGUUUGUUAAUAUUUGGGUGUUGUCAUUGGUUCUUUUUUGACAAUUGACGCGUGAAUGGGGCGUGUUAUGAAAAGGGGUGUUUUACAAAAUACCGGGCCUUGCUUGCAGGCCCACUAUCAGUUCCCUUGGGCCUGCACGCGGGCUAUACGCUUUACCGAAAAUCGACUUGCUCACUUAGAAAUGGCUUUUCUAGGCUUCUUCAACCAUCUACUUAUUUUGUGAGGAUAUUGAUAGGUAGUGAAAAUAUGUUGUUUGUGAUGUUACUCUGAGUGUGCAUCUACACCGGGAAAGCUGAAAAGUUUGUCUGACCACGGUGGGAAUCGAACCCGCGACCUUUGGUGAUACUAGUCCCAUGCUCUACCAAUUGAGCUAUGAGGUCAAGUCAGUUCGAGUUGGUGAUAUUUUGGAACAGAAUCUAUAUUCCUUCAAUAUCGAUGUAUUCUAAGACAUGAUGAUUUCUGCGUGUGUUGGUGUUAUGUAGUGAAAAUAUAUUUUAAAUACAUGAAUAACAUGCAUGAAAAUAAAAGGAAAUUUAUAUCCUGCUUCCUCUUUUACAGAAACUUUUGGGAAUCUUUUGCUUCUCUAUGUUAAAUACCAGGUGGGUAUGCAUCUUGCGAACCGGUGCGUCCUCGUUCAAUGGUCCUUCAUGGACUCUACUGUUAGCAAUAGACAACUUGUAUGCAGGGCCGUAGCGACUGGGGGGUGUGAGGGCAAUUUCAGGUAAAUUCAGGUAGAUUUGCAGAAGAAAUUCAGGUAAAUGAACACAAAUUCAGGUAAUUUCUAGGCCCAGAGAAAGUUAAUUUACAAAAAUAAGUGUGAAUUUGGAAAAGAAUGAGGUUAAUUUACAAAAAUUUUAGAAAAAAAAUUUGGAUAAAUGGAGAAAAUUGCUGAUGUCCGGAAAAAUUUUUUUACGUCACGAAAAAUUUUGGUAUGUCCGGAAAAAAUUUUUUACCCCUAAAAUGGUACACUGACCGAAAAUUUUUUGGCGACGGAGGGGGGGGGGGAGGUCGAGUUUGCAUAUUUUGUAUGUUUGUAUUGCGCGCGGAAAUUGUUACCAUUUUUGAGCCGAAAAUGGUAACAAUUUCCGCUAACAUGCAAGUUGUCCAUUAUUUCCUUAUUUACGUAUUCUAUUUCUCGUUUCAGUACUAUGAUCUUGCGGCAGAUGUUCUUGCUGAAAACGCUCAUUUAACCUACAAGUUUUUAACAGCGGUAAGUACUAAUUGUUUAAAGUGCGACUAACCACUAAUAUGAUUUUUGGUAUGUGUAAUAUUUGGGUCAUUCGAAGAAGAAAUGUUAUAUAUCAGUGAUAAACUUUUUCGCUGUCAAAGUUUGCGGAUAUGAUGUCAUUAGGUGAAUUGCAAAUUAGUUUUCCGUUGUUUUUUGUACCAAAAAUUCACCUAAUGGCAUCAUAUCCGGAAACUUUGACAGUGAAAAACUUGAUCAAGAUGAGGUUUUUUACUAUAAAGAUAUAUUACAUUUCUUCUUCGAAUGACCCAAAUAUUACACAUACCAAAAUUUAUAUUUGGGGUUAGUCGCACUUUAAUGUUGUCUUUAGGAAGGAAACUUUGUAUAAUAACGAGGGUUGGCACUGAAGAAAUAUUCUAUGUUUUCUUCUCUAUAGUAUUUGUACGAAUUUUUGGAUGCGACAAUCACUCGACAAACUUCUCCCGAAGAGGUACAGUGACAUGCAUUCAAUUUGUAAUUAAUCGCCUUUUAUACAGUAGUGCUAUAGUGUAACAGUAGUGCUAUAGUGUAGUAGUAGUACAUACUCCACUUAAUGCUGGUUACACUAUUCAUUUUAGGCAUUUCGUAGUUUUGAUGAAAUGGCAACAAAACAAACUGAGCAAUUAAGAAAAUUAACUAAACAGGUAAGGAAACUCGACGGUUUGUAUUGCGUUUGUAAAAAAGCCCUUGUACUCCCAAAGUGUUUUGCUAAUGCCAUUGACAUGUGCAGGCUAACAUAGUACAAUAUGAUAUCUGACCAUCAAGGUUCAAGAGUCAAGACAAAAUCAUGACGAUGAAGCAGUAAAAAGAGCUGUAAACGAAUACGAUGAAGCUUUGGAAAGGUAAAGUAUCCAACAUUAGAAAGUUUCAGAUUCGACUUCCACUACCCCUACCUCUCACUGGGCUAGUACGCAUUUGAUUGGUUAGUCGGAUAUAUCAAACGCAUCUGAUUGGUUAAUUGGAUAUGUCAAACGCAUCUGAUUGGUUAAUCUGAUAUAUCAAACGCAUCUGAUUGGUUAAUCAGAUAUAUCAAACACAUCUGAUUGGUUAAUCUGAUAUAUCAAACGCAUCUGAUUGGUUAAUCUGAUAUAUCAAACGCAUCUGAUUGGUUAAUCUGAUAUAUCAAACGCAUCUGAUUGGUUAAUCGGAUAUAUCAAACGCAUCUGAUUGGUUAAUUAAUGGUCCCUUAAUGGUAGUGGUAAGUUGAAUUUGAACCUCUAUAUUACUGCAUCAAGCCAAUUUUAAGUAUUGGAACAGUAUCAAUGAAAUUGAAAUGAUUCAACUGUGUUUUGUUCGUGAUAUUGAAUUAUAUAUCCCAAUAUUUAGGUAUAUUCCAAUUUUAAUGACGCAGGCAAAAAUUUAUUGGGAUUUAGAAAACUAUCCACAAGUUGAAAAGGUAUACAGACUGAUAUAAUUCUUCUUUUUGCCCUUUCUUUUGCUUUUAAUUCCUGCCCCAGGGUGAAGGAUCUAUAAUUGAAUCUUUCACAAGCGCUCCCGAUUAGCUGUUUCAAAUGUGCGCAUACUAAUAUUUCUUCUAAGGUGUUCAGAAGUUCAAAUAUACCACAUGCCUCGCGCAAACCUAAUCUAGCUCUACGAUUAGUUGUAUAAACAUAAUAGUCCAUUAACCAAAGAUGAUUUUCAUAGCCCCAAUGAUCCCUAGAUAUUCUAUAUUUCCCAUAGAUAUCUUAUAUACACUAGAUAGCGCAUCUCUUUUAGUAAAAUUGAAGCCAAGAAUAUUCCAGCGGUUACUCCUAUUUGAAUAGAUGGCGGCCAUAUUGGUAGUUCCCACUCGCUAAUAAACGCUUAAAGAACAACAAUAACUUUCAUCAUUUGAAUAAUUUAAAAAUGUAUUUGGAAUAGGUUUAACUUACUGUUUAAGUUCCCUGUUUAAGAAAUAGAAAACAUACGAAUCUUCUCAUUUCAUGGGAAUAUCCUGAGUCUGCAAUCACGGCUUCAAUUUUUGAAUUGCAGAAUAAUUAGAUGCACUAUCUAGUGUAUAUAAGAUAUCUAUGAUAUUUCCUCCCUAGAUAUUCCGAAAGUCUGUGGAGUUUUGCAAUGAACAUGAAGUGUGGAAGUUAAACGUUGCGCAUGUCCUGUUUAUGCAGGUACUGUGGUUAGAUAAACUCUCAUUUCAACACUAGUACUGCUCAAAAUAACGGCCGGUCAACGUACAAUAGUGAGCUUAAGCAAGUGACAUUUUUGACAACACGAACGGCAUAUUGAGUAACGUCAGAAGACUGGGUCAAAGGCUGUGAUUGGUGAAAAACGUUAAUUUUACUUCCGGUCGACGUCCGUGUUGUAAAAAACGUCACUUGCUUAAGCUCACUAACAAGCGGCUAAAAAUGCCUCUUGACCGGUCACUUUUUUACCUCACCGAUCAUUUUGACCGGCCACAUUUUCAUGCCUUCUGAUGUGAUUCUGACGUCUUGAAUUAAAACAUGAAACUAUGAUGUAUCGAAACAAGUUUCUGAUAGUUUGUUUCACUGUUAGUGUAAGCGAAUCAAUGACUGGUCAAAAACAGAUUUUGACCGAGCUAAAAUCAAGUUGACCGGUCAUUUUGACCGGAGACCUAUCUCCCGUUAUUUUGAGCCUCAAUUGACUUUGUUAAGCUGUUCUUCGCGCGUGAAGUAUAUAUGAUUACCAGUUUAGUAAUUAUCAUGCUUUUACUUUAUUUUCUGCAGGAGAAUAAAUACAAGGAAGCAAUUGGAUUUUAUGAACCUAUCGUCAAGAAACAUUACGAUAAUGUAAGAAAGAUUGGAAUUAAACCAGAUGAGAGUGCAUGAAAGUUGACAGUCACGAGACCUUCGUUAGCUGUUCUUAAUGCUUUCCCAACACUAUCAUGUAUUCCUUUUUUUUGUUAAAACAUAGCUGGAACACGCA